AUGAAAACUAUUACAAUUUUUGGAUACAAGAGACAGAUGACAAAAUCAAUUUGCAUUCAGAUCAUGAGUCGCAUGCGAGAUGUGUAUAAAUUGCUAUCGCCGAAGCAAGGAAUUAUCAGCAAUUAGACACAGCCUCUCAUAAAUAUGGAUGUUCUCUGAGGGGGAUACAUUUAUUCAAAUUAGUCUUUAUCUCACUUCGCAGAGGCGAAGACGUCCCGGGGCGAGCUCUUUCACUUGUCAGGAAUAAACUAUCUCACCUUUUAAUGUCGAACAUGCUGGAAGUUGGAAGAUGAUAAUUACGCAACUCUUCAACACAUUUUAAUGUUUUCCUCUCAAGAAACAUUUGUCAUGACGAAUCGUCAGUGAGCGCUAACUGAAUCGAUAAUUCACGGAGCAAAGGAUGGAAGAACUUUCCAAACUUCCUCUUAAAAUAUCGAAACCACUUUUUAAUAGCCUAUACAGCAUAACUCAGCAAAUAAUGAUAGGCUACGCGAUAUAAAAUAUCUAAUCAGAGGCGAAAUUGACUUUUGUCAUAAUUGCUUUUAGGGACUUACUUUCACAUAGUCCUACACAAACAUUCGCCUUUGCUUUCUCUCUUUCUGUCUUUCGCAGUUUUUUGUCAACCUCUUUAUUUCUAUCCUCCAAUAUUCCUCCUCCUCUAUUUUGUCCCUCGUUUUUUUUUUACUCUGGCUUUUCCAUACCGGAGCCCAGUACAGUCAGUAGCAACGCGAGGCAAAUCACAAUGUAACAGUUCCCCGUCGUGCAAUGCAAUAUGGGCUAUAGGUUACAGUAUUAUGAUGUACAUGUUCUGAGAUAUUUUUGAGCUUUUUCCAGUUUGAUACCGGUUGGAUAUUUUUAAGGAGACAUCACUUAAGAGGCAUGACGGAUUCAUCUCAACUUCAAUGUAUAACCUGCUGAGUUUCAUAACCUGGUGUGAUACUGACUUCCCUGAAUAAGCUACAAGUCAACAGUCCUCAUAUCUGGAUGUAUAAAUGUAUGUUGAAUGCCUCUUCAAGUCAAGCCUCAUUAGUACUUCCCACUUCCCCUUCCCUUCAUCACAUCCUACCUGCAAAAUGUCUCACGCGGACUACAAAUACAGAGCCCUUCCUCAAACAGACUACAAAUAUGGCGCAGCCACACAGGAAGUAGAGAAUCACAGGAAGAGGUCAGCAAUGCCAUGCGAGGGAGACGGCCCCAUCAGUCUGUUCACAGCUCCGGAGGUCAAGCAGGUUGCCACGCAGGUUGCUAUGCAGGUUGCUAUGUGGUCACUGUCCUUCAUGCGGAGCAUCACAAAGAUCAAACUCCUCAGUUUCCUGUUGGGGUUAACCUUCACGGUCUUGGUUAUGACAUCGUACAUCCUGACCUGUGACAGGAAAAGACGCCAAGUGACCCCGUCACCGCUCCACCUCACACCCACCAAGGUUCACCUCAGCGGCCUCCCCUCCAGCAGGACGUCCCCUCUGGGAGAGGUGGACCUGGAGCUCCUGAUGGAGACGGUGGGCCUCAAGUUACGCCUCAGCAGUCCCAGGACGGUUCCUGCUCUGAAGGACGUUCUUCACUCUGAUCUUCACUUGUUCUCGGUCAUUCCCCGACAGUUCUUACCCAACGUCAAGAGUCCGUGUUGGUACGAGGAGCACGUUGGAAACACCAGCGCAGACGUGUACGGUGAGAACCUUUACGCGCUGCACUCGGUGAACUUCCGAACUGUCUGCGACUAUCUGAAGAGAGAUUUCCGUGAGCACCUGUACCACAACAACAGCAAACUCUACAGGCUACGCUGCCUGCCGUACUUCUAUAUUAUCGGCCAACCCAAAAGCGGAACGACGGAUCUUUACCACAGACUCAUGCUUCACCCUGAGGUCCGGUUCUCCACCAUGAAAGAACCACACUGGUGGACCAGGAAGAGGUUUGGUAUCAUCCGUCUCAAAGACAAGGCCACAGAUCGCUUCCCUGUGGAGGACUACAUAGACCUCUUUGAUCUGGCAGCUUACCACAUCCAGGAUGGCUUUCUGGGAAAUGCAUCAGAUGGCCACAGCAAUCAGCAGAUAGUCACAGGUGAAGCCAGUGCAUCCACCAUGUGGGACAGUCUAGCUGGGAGCUGUUCCCACGGUGACGGAGCAGGAAGGGAGCCUCACUUCCUGGUUCCGGACUUCAUCCAUGCUGCCCAACCGGAUGCUAAACUCAUAAUCAUGCUGAGAGACCCGGUAGAAAGGUUGUACUCAGACUACCUGUACUUCCACAUGGUGAACAAGUCAGCAGAGCGCUUCCACCACAAAGUAUGUGAGUCUCUGGAGAUGUUCCAGUCCUGUCUAUCCGAGAGCUCCAUACGCUCCUGCAUCUACAACACCCAUCUGUUCUACCACAUGCCUGUGCGACUAAGUCUUGGACUCUACAUCAUCUACCUGCUGGACUGGCUGACAGUUUUCCACAAGGAUCAGAUUUUAAUUCUGCGUCUGGAGGAUUACGCUGCCAAUCUCAAAACAUCCAUGCACAGGGUCUUCCACUUCCUGAGUCUAAGCCCUUUAUCAGAGCACAGAGAGCUGCUGCUAGCUAAGAAGCCCAUGUCCAACACUCGCAGGGCACAGGAUCGGAGCCUGGGCCCCAUGUUAGCCCUCACCAGAUCCAUGCUGCAGCGCUUCUACCAGCCCUUCAACCAGCACCUGGCUCAGCUCCUGGACAACCAGGCCUUCCUGUGGACUGACCCAUGAGGAGCCAAGGCCCAGCUUCCAGUCAUCCAGGCCUUCCUGUUGGCUGAUCCCAGUGAAGUCAGGUCAAAAUCCCACACAACAAGGCCUCCCUUUGGGCAAAAAGUUCCGACUGCUGGAUCCACAGUCUUCUUUACAUCUGGCGAGCAUCAUGGAUUAAAUUAUUAUAUGUACUUAUAUUAAGGAAAAAAUGAUGUCAGGUUUUAUCAGAGAUAAUAUAUUGUAGGUGCAUUACGUGAUGCCCAGCUGUGUCCACCAGGGGGAAGCACCUUCUCACACAGCAGAUCUACCACUAAAGACUCCCACACAAGCCAAUACAAGUUUUCACUCAGCUGUUAUGUGUUUCUGUUCUUCAUUGGUAUGCUGCACAAAACCUACUCUCAUGUCUGCUUCAGUGAUAAACACAUUUGUGUAAAGGCACAGUUCUUGGGUCGAUUUGUGUUCAGUCACGACUAAAUUGCUCUUUGCUGUGGUAGACACAAUCUGAAUAACAUUAGGGUACCCUGGAGCCUGCCCGAACAGGGAUGUGAUUCUCAUUAAAUAAAGGAGGAUUGUUACCUUCUGCUGUCAUUUAUAUUUGGUCCACUUGAAACUUACAUCUACUGAUAGUUUCCCCGUUGCCUGUUUCAUUACAAACCAUGCAAAAUCUUAACAUUGAUAAUAAUAUAACGUGCUUACUUUCGACUCUACACACUAGCUCUUGUAAUUACAUGUCGGGACUAAUGAGUGGAUUUGAUUGACGGGUUAAGACAGGUGAAGUCCACCAUGUUGCACAAUCUAGCUGGGAGCUGUUCCCACGGUGACGGAGCAGGCACGGAGCUCCACUUCCUGGUUCAGGACUCCAUC